GACAUUUUCCGAUUCGUAUUCGGAAAACCUGAAAUCCAAUCCUCCAUUAAUUCCAAUCUCACUCCUUUACAAUUCCAAUCAUCACAGACUCUCUCUCAUUCUCUCUCUCAGCUCCAAGUCCUCCGCAUCAAGAAAGCUCUAAAACGCCGCCGUUUCAAGACUCUCCGAACGUCGCCGUUUCUGGACGAUGGCCUCGUCGCUGUGCGGAGGGAGCAUCCACCAUUCUUUGAGCAGCGUUCGUCUCCAACAAGAUCGGAAUCUUCGCUCCGAUCAGCCGUCUUCUUGUUCCAUGGUGAUUAAUAUUCCUCGUCGCGUCAGGGGUAGAGUCGUAAAUUCCGUCUCUAGGGGUAAAAUCGUAAAUUCGUCAUCCGCGGCUGUGGCGGAGACGCGGAGUCCUCGGCGGAACCGGAGGGGUGGAGACAGGAAAGGGAGCGAGACGGCGGCGGCGACGGCGUACGAGAGGGUAGACGAGUGGAUGAAGGAUUCGGUGACGGAGAUCGUCAAGAACCUCCGGGAGGCGCCGCUGCUGGUCCACGUGUACGGCGGCGACGAGGAGGAACGGAGGAUGGAGACGGAGAAGAGAGUGGAGGAGGAGAAUUGGGACACGCUGAAGGGGAAGUGGGAGGCUGGGGAGGCGCCGUCACCGGAAGGCGUUAUAUUCGUGGAGGAGCUGAUGGACGACGGCGGAGUUGACGGUGGAGAUAACGGAGGGGAAUAUUCCGUUAGUAAGGAUGGGAUCACGAGGGCGUGGGGGCUGGUGGUGCAGGGGAAAGGGGAGGAGUGUGGGCCAGCUUGUUAUUUGUUGAAGACGAGUAAAGUUAAUGUCGGGUCGGGUUAUGGGCUGGGGAUGGGCAUGGGCUGCACUCAUUUUUGCUUGGUUCGGGUCAAGAGUUUUAGGGAGACGGCCAAGUCGCAGCUCAAGAACAGUUGGCUGUUGCAGGCACAGAUGCAAGGUCUGGGAAGAUGAUGUUCCGAGAUUGAAAAAUCGAAGCUCGGUUUGUAAAUUUUAUUGACACAUUUACUGAAGCUUCAAAACCCAAUUGAUUAUUGAUGUUCAUUUGAAUCGUAUUGGUUCAAUGUGUAAAUUUCAUAAGAUUGUUGCAAUGUGUAAACCCAAGAGAUUACAAUAUUGAUCAUGAUCAAUUUUUUCUUUUUUCCUAAGAUUGUUGCUUGGGUUUUGAUCACUAUAGUAAUGAAGUU